GCGUGUGACCAUACUCUUCAAAAGACCUUGUGUGGGCGUCUGCUCGUCUUCUGCUGCCUUUUCUGCUUGUUUGUGAGCCGAAUUAACGUUAUUGACUGACUGACUGUGGUGUGGACUCAAAUAUGGAGAAAGUAUAGUUCGCAGCCCAAGAAUAAUGUGGCGAAUCGGCUUGGUGAUUCUGCUCUGCACCAAUGUGGGAUAUUUGUCGGCUUCCGCGGAGCAAAAUGUUGCAGGGGAAAAAACAGUAAUGCUUUCUCAUCUCAUGAACCGUCAAGUUUUCGAAUAUCGAGCCUACAAAGAUGUUCAAAUUUUCCACUACGAUAUACCCGAACAAGUUUCGAAAGCUACAUGGAAUUUCAGCGCACUCCCAACAAAUCUGAACCGAUGUGAUGUUCGAGAUGUAUCAGUAUACCUGAAGUAUGGGAGCUACCCUGUCAUUAAUCCUGAUGGUGCUGAAUAUCCCUCGCAUUUCCGCAUCCAUCAAAGCCCUAUCUAUGACACCAUUUUUAUUAGUGAUGGUAGCCAUCACACCAUUACUGUCACAAGUCCAACUCCAGGGGAUUGGUACGCUGUAGCAUUCUUACCAAUCACCAGAGCUAGAAUUACUCAAAAAGGACUUUUCCCAAAUUGUACUAUUUGGUUUGAGUCAUCUCUAUCUGCCACCAUUAUAAGUGAUGUCAUUGUGGUGUUCCCAGAAGUUCAAGCUCACCAAGAAAUUCAACUUUAUCAAGAAAUAGAGAAUGCUAGUCAAACCUACAAGUUUUAUGUUCCUGCUGACACUUGGGCUGUUCAAGUUAAUGUCUCCCGCUGCUCAGCCCAUGGCGUGCCCAAGGAUGGUAAAUCUGAUGCUGGUUGUCCAUUAGUUGUGAUGUCUAGUGGACGCUCUCUUCCUAAUCCUGACCACCCAGGCACUGCGACAACCAACUGUAGUAACAAUGGACCAGUAGCUACUUGUCAACAGGAGUGGGUUCCUUGGGAAGAACAAUGGCACUAUCUUACAAUUGCAGCUCCCAAUCAUCAUGUUGGCUUUACCCUCAAAGUGCUCUUCCAAUCAUGUGCUCCUGAGUAUCCUUUACCAAGAUACCUUCUAGUCAAUGACCUGGACACUCGCCACAUUUGUUCUUCUAUCAACAAAACAAGUAAAUUACGGGUCAUCUUCCGUAAUACAAACAACCAGUCACGCAUACCUCCACCUCCCAAUUGUUUUGCAAGGAUUCCUCUUAUGCGAAAAACUUAUGGAGGAAAUUUUCUAUUUGAGUUUGAUCAACUUCCGUUCGAAAAUGGCUCUUCACCAUUGAAAGCCUACGUUAGUACAUUAUCCCCUACCCUCAUGAGUUUUGAGAUACGUCCUUCUCAUGAUAUAGGUGGAACAUUGAACUUUGAAGUUGGCCUGGACCCCUUCUUGAAUACAUCAUACCACAAUGUUUCUCUUGUUGCCUGCUUGACUCAUGGAGUUCGGUCGGAAGUACUUCCUGAUCGCUGCACUGUAGGGGCAUCACUACAUGUCAAUUCAUCGUCCUCUCUGACUGUGAGCAGAGUGAGCAUACCAUAUCCAGAGCCAGGGCUGUGGUACAUUACUAUGCAAGCUUUCUGCUACCUCAGUGAUCCUCUUCUAAAUCAUGCCCAGAUAUAUAUUGAUUGUCCUUCUAAUAAAACUGCUGUAUACUUUGGCCUAGCCUCUGGAUCAUGUGUGUUUGGUUCAUGUGGCCGUUAUGGACGAUGUCACCAAUAUAUAAGCAGUGGUUUUAUUUUUUCGACUUGUGUGUGUUCCGUUGGAUACCGAGGAUGGGGUUGUACGGAUGACAAGAAAGCUCUUUCAAGUUCAGAACUGCUUAUGGGCUCCUUGUUAUUGACGCUCAGCAAUCUUUUCUUUAUACCUGCAAUUAUUGUAGCUCUACGCCGCAAAUUUUUCACUGAAGCUUUGUUAUACUGUUGCACCAUGUUCUUCUCAACGUUUUAUCAUGCCUGUGAUGAGGAAGGAUACUCAUUCUGUCUGAUGAGACUCAGUGUGAUGCAGUUCUGUGACUUUUAUUCUGCAAUUUUAUCUUUCUGGUUGACAUUGAUAUCAAUGGCCGAUCUCGGACACACACUUACAUCCCUUCUCCACAUGGGUGGAGCAGUGGGAGUGGCCCUUGGUGUUGUGUAUGACCAGACCGGUCUUUGGGUUUUCCUUGUGCCUGCACUGUCUGGAAUAUUUAUCAUUAUGUUGUCAUGGGCCUCCCACAUGCGCCGUAAAAAGGGUUGCUAUCCCCAGAAGACAUACUGGUUCUUGUGUCUCCCAUUUGGCAUGGCUUUGGCUGCUGGAGGUUUAUUGGGUUAUGCUUUUCUGGAGACAGAUCAUAACUACAAGUUUGUCCACAGUGCAUGGCAUGCUGCAAUGGCCCUCGCAAUCGUAUUUUUACUGCCGUUACGUAGAGAAGCUGAGGAAUACUCGCCUCCUGGUGUAAUACCAUCUCACAGUUGAUUACCUUUGUUGUGAUUUGUGAAGGAGAGUUACGAAUAACAUCUAAUACACAGCUCUAACUGGGCGGCAUCAAUGUUGAUCAAGAAGAGCAAUGGAUUCAGUUUGGGAGCAACUCCAAAUACUGUAUUGAACUAAAUGUUAGAAAUUGUUUCAAGUCUGUACUGAUAUACUUUCACAAUUUCAGUAAUGACACUGCGCUUAACUUCUAAGGAGUAUGGCCUAAUGUAACUAAUUUUCCAGCUUAAACCCGUUUAUGAAGUGCCAAAAUGAGAGGUGAUGUGAUUUCCUUGGCUCACUUUAAUAUUGUCCGUAUGAAAACUUCGUGCUACAAGUCAGGGUAAAGUCAGAUGAUUAGGGCAGUGCUAUGUAACAAAUAUUUCGUAUAGUUAUACAAUUUUCUGAAAAGAAAAAAAAAGGAUGAGGAAAACAAAUGUAAGAAGUAAGUUGACUUUUUGUUCAUGUCUGAAUUAAUUUUCUGAUGACAAUGAUUUUAGAUCAAAUGCUUGAUCUGCAAGUUAGUUUAUCUACCUAGUCACAAAGCACAAACAAAUCGCAUUUCUCAUUUAUUUAUAAGACUGAUUUUACCAUACAACCUACUAUAUUUUACACAUUCCAGUGAUAAAGUGGUAAUUUCUUGAAGCAAAAUUGCUGACCAGGUAUGAAGUCAGGUUUGAAAUUGCAUCUGUUAUGACCAAAGACAGGAUUCCUAAUCUCUAUCUGUUUAUAAGAUACCUUCAUUUUGGUUUAUUUAACAUAGUUAUAUUUAUUGUAAUUGCAACAAGACAAUGUACAGGGCUGAAGUAACGGCUAUUCUUUUCCUGUUCUGUAACAUUACUAGUAAGUAUAUAGACUUUUCUAGUGCAUAUAAUAGUGUUAAUGAGGGUGAUGGUCUACAGUGUAAUACUCUUCAAUUUUGUUGUAAGUACUCUUUGAGAGUGUUUACUCCAAAAGUUUAAACAGUGUUAUAUUUCUGUUUCUGUAGCUACUUAUCGAGUCUCCUUUAUAUUUCUGUUUAACAUGUUUUUGUUACCAGCAUGGUGUUGUUUCUUUGGAUUUAAUCCAUCAAUGUGAUAGUGUUCCUUUGUUUAUGAUUUAUUUGCUUUCUACUAUAUCUGUGUUAUUUUCUAAGUUCCUCUAUAUAUUGUUAGUCAAAAUGAAUCUCUAACAUCUAUUGAAAAAAAAAAAGACAUUGUUUUGUUAUUUUUGUUUUGUCUCAGGCAAAGUUGAUAUUUUCCCCAAAAUCUUUUGAUUUUUUUUCGACUUGGCUUUCUAACUUGUCAUUUGUUAUUGAGGCUGUGGCUAUGAUUUUUACCUACUGUACUGUAUAGUUACUCUUGCAACUAGUCCUAUAAAUUUUCCCCCUAUCUUUCCCGCUCCCUCCAUUUUCCUUUGUUUCUUUUUAAGUCUGACUGUGCCAUAAUAAAUGUAUUGCGUUUUGCUCUCCUCCCCUCCUCUCCCCACUCUGUGAUGGUUUUAGUAGACCCUCUAUGGCAACUGGAAUCUCCCCUUGGUAGUGGCUGUCGCUAUGCUUUCGUCAUUCUUUUGAGUUAUCUGUUGAAAAGGCUUUGAAAGUUACUUCUGUCCUAUUUCACUUUCCUCAGUCCUGAUUUCUUAAGGUGCUUUGAAACUGUGCAGUUGUUCUUAUUCUUGUAAUAUAUUCAUUUUUGUCCUCGAACAGUUUGGGCCAUCUUGUGCUCCCUUUUUCUGUGAUACGUAUGGUACAGAUUUCUGGUUUGUUUAAUGGUCCUUUUUGACAAAUAGACUGUAUUAAGGCAAAAGACCUUGUAAAGGAAGGGAAAUUAGGUCAACCAGUAUAGUGUUAAAAGGGUCUUUGAGGUUCUUGAAAAAUCUCUCCCUCUAUUUGAUUUCAGUGACUGAAGAGACCUAUUCCUUUCAUUGUCCUUUGAAUGUUCAGCAAAAUUUUUUCACUUGCAGAACUGAAAUACUUUUGUGUAUAAUUGUUGGUGAGCAUGUGUGUGAGUUUGUAUCGUCUUUUCUCUUUUAUUCACAUGUAACAAAUUUUGCACAUUUUUUACGUCCUGUUGUGUAUUUUUCUUUGUUUUUUCAAGUGUUGUCUUAGUGAAGUCUGUCUACGGGGUGGGGGCUUUUAUUAAUGGAAGCACGAACAAUAGAUCGAAUGGAAACUUGUUCUAAAAGCAAGGCAAUUAAUUAUUAUGGCAUACAAGAAAUGGAGUUAGUAGACAAGAAAUGCUCUUGUGUAAACACUUGAUCAUUUGAUAGGUGAUAGUUCAAAUACAAUUUUAUUUAAAAAAUUAUUGCGGUUGUGAUGAAACAUUUAUGAGGAAAAGUUGAUGAGAAAAAAAAAAGAAAGUCGAUGAUUGUCUGUUUGUCUUGAAUAAUAAUGUUAUAAGCGUUAAUUUCCAGUCAUUUUAAAUGACUGUGCAAGUGCUAAGGACCAUCUAGCUUGAGCUGAUAGAUUUUACCGGCAAUAAAUUUGUAGGUAAACAAGUCUUUUGACAUAUUCAUAGUCUGAAAUUUAUGAGCCAUGACCAGACCAUGUAAUGUACGCCUGUGAACCUUAAUUGAAAUUUAUAAUUAUUAUCCAUUAUUAGAAUGUUUUAGAAAAUAUGUGAAACAAGAAUUGCCUCUUCCUGUGGACAUUGCAUAGUGAAUAAUUCAAACCGACAUAUUCGAACUAUAUGAAAACCAAUUAAUGUAAUCAAUUAAAAAUGUCUUUGAAGUCCAGUAUCCUUAAUAAGUGUAAUCUCAAUUAAAAUCUUUCCUUUCCAAGUCUCAUAAGGUGAAAGCUAUUGGUCUUCUUUUAAGUAGGAGUUCAGAAGCGUCAAUUCUGUAGAAUUCUAGACAUGUAAUUAAUUAACUCUUUGAAUGCCUUAGAAUCUCUCCUCAUAGAAAGUGUUUCAUUUGUUGUAAAAUUUAUCUGAAUGGCAGAUUCCUAUUUGUACUAAAAUUUGUCUUUCUAAUAAUCUGAAAGAUUGUUUGCUACGCAGAGCUAGUAGGUAUAAGAUUGACACGCAUGUGAAAUAUUGUUUCUUACUGUGUUCUUUCUACUGUAUCUGACCAGCACACACAUCUUUGUUGUUUAUUGUAGUGCUAAAUAUUUCCGAUGAACGAUUUUUUGCUCAAAUAAAAAAAAAAGGACUUGGUACACAA